UAAUGUGGCACUCAAUGUUGUGUAUAAGAGAAUAGAAAUCAUAUAUUCAUAAUGCGAAUGAGAUAGUUUGAAAUCUGUGACCGUCGCACUAUUGGUCAGAUCUGUCGACUCUGAGGAUAUAUAAGUCACUGGCUUAUUUGUCUGUAAUCAACUCUCCUUGUGCUAUAAUGGCUGGUGAACACAUUAAAAUUAUCUAUUUUAACGGACGUGGACGUGCUGAAUCGAUUCGGAUGACUCUUGUAGUAGCUGGUGUAGACUACGAAGAGGAAAGGAUCAGUCUCCAAGAUUGGCCGAAAAUCAAACCAACCAUUCCUGGAGGAAGAGUACCUGUAGUGAAGAUCACCGAUAAUGCUGGGCACGUAAAGUGGAUGCAAGAGAGUUUGGCUAUUGCACGCUAUAUGGCAAAGAAGCAUCACAUGAUGGGUGAAACAGACGAGGAAUAUUAUAGUGUUGAGAAAUUGAUUGGUCAAGCUGAGGAUUUAGAAGGUGAAUAUCACAAAACUUUAAUGAAGCCACAAGAAGAGAAAGAGAAGAUAAUCAAAGAGAUACUGAGCGGCAAAGUUCCAGUAUUACUCAAUUUAAUCUGCGAAUCUCUAAAAGAAUCUAAAGGGAAGCUGGCUGUUGGAGAUAAAGUGACUCUAGCUGAUUUGGUUCUGAUUGCUGCGAUUGACCAUCUGACUGAUUUGGAUAAAGAAUUUUUGACUGGAAAAUAUCCUGAGAUACAUAAACAUCGAGAACAUUUGUUAGCGAGUUCACCGAAAUUGGCGAAGUAUUUAUCGAACAGACCUGCAACUGAAUUUUAAAACUAUCAACAGAAAGCUUGCAGGAACGAGACUGACGCUAUCUAUAUUCACAUUAGUGCACUGAUGUUGCGACCAUUUCACAAGGAUGUCAUUUUUGUUGUAUUGUAUUUCGUUUUUCAAAUGUUAUUAAAAUAAACUCAGUUUUCUGUUU